AUGGGAGGUUCAUCGGAGACGAAGUUCCUGCAAGACCUGUUGUUGUAUGCGGCGAGCGCGGCGCUUAGUUGCUUGGUGUUGUUUGUGGGGCUCAGGCACCUCGAUCCUAAUCGCGAUGAAGCUUCCAAAAAGCUUCUUGAGCACAAGAAAGAGAUUGCAAAGCGUCUCGGCCGCCCCCUCAUUCAAACUAACUCUUAUGAGGAUGUUGUAGCCUGUGAUGUUAUAAAUCCUGACCACAUUGAUGUGGAGUUCAACUCUAUUGGGGGACUGGAAACAAUCAAGCAAGCUUUGUUUGAGCUUGUUAUUCUGCCUCUAAAAAGACCGGAUUUGUUUUUACAUGGUAAGCUUCUUGGACCACAAAAGGGGGUCCUGUUGUAUGGACCACCUGGCACUGGAAAAACCAUGCUUGCCAAAGCUAUUGCUAAGGAGUCGGGAGCAGUUUUUAUUAAUGUGAGGAUAUCAAACCUUAUGAGCAAGUGGUUUGGGGAUGCCCAAAAGCUUGUGGCUGCGGUAUUUAGCUUGGCUUAUAAGCUUCAGCCUGCAAUCAUUUUCAUUGAUGAAGUAGACAGUUUUUUGGGUCAGCGUCGUACAACAGAUCACGAGGCUUUGUUAAACAUGAAAACUGAGUUCAUGGCUCUGUGGGAUGGAUUUACUACAGAUAAGAAUGCUCGAGUUAUGGUUCUUGCAGCAACAAAUCGUCCUUCAGAACUUGAUGAAGCAAUACUUCGGCGUCUUCCUCAAGCCUUUGAAAUUGGAAUUCCAGACCAGAGAGAAAGGACAGAAAUAUUGAAGGUUAUCUUAAAGGGUGAGAGGGUUGAAGACAACAUAGACUUUGGUCAUAUAGCUGGCUUGUGUGAGGGUUACACUGGCUCAGAUCUAUUUGAUCUUUGCAAGAAAGCUGCCUAUUUUCCUAUUAGAGAACUACUGGAUGAAGAGAAGAAAGGAAAACGAUCUCCUGCACCUGCACCUUUGUCCCAGUUAGAUUUGGAGAAGGCCCUUGCCACUUCACAGAAGACAAAGAUUGCUGCAAGUGAAUACGGUGGAUUCAGCCUUCAGACACCUUCAAGAUGGUCGGUACCUGGUGAUUCAGGUGAUUCUCAGAUUCAAGCUGCAAUCAAUGAAUUCUCUAAGCUUGUGGUUUCUCACAUGAUUAACCUCCAACCAGAAUCCCAGGAUCCUUAA